AGCAGCCCCCUCACAUAAAAAAGGAAGAGGAGAAUCCACAGCCCCCCCACAUUAAAGAGGAAGAGGAGGAAGUGUGGAUGAGUCAGGAGGGAGAGUGUCUUCUAGGGCAGGAGGAGGCUGAUGUCAGCAAGUUUCCACUGACUGUUGUCUCUGUGAAGACUGAAGAGCAUGAAGACAAACCACCUGAGUCCUCACAGCUUCAUCACAGUCCAAACGUCCAGCAGGUGUCAGCAGAGAGUCAAGAAGAGAUUCCCUCUAAGCAGCAGGAGUGGAGCUCCAAUGUGGGACAGAAGGAGCUACAGACCCCCUCCCACAUUAAAGAGGAAGAGGAGGAACUGUGGGAGCAGCUUCAAAGGUUGGUGAAGGAUAAUGAUGAAGAUGAAGCUCAGUCCUUACAGCUUCAUCACAGUCAAAGUGAGGAGAACAAAGGGGCGGAGCUUGUAAGUCAACACAUCACAGAAGCUGAUGGAGAGCAUUGUGAAGAUAUAAAGUCAGAACCAGACAGCAUCUUUGCUCCACUGUCAGACAUGGACCACAUGAUGUCAGACUCUUCUGAUCACAGUGACCACAUCCAAAAACCUUUGGAGAGUAAAAAUGACUCUAAAGGUGAUACGAGACAUCACACUAACAACAAACACUUGGACUGCUCUGAAUGUGGGAAAUCAUUUAGACUGAAGACUGAUUUUACAAGACACAAGAGAAUACAUACUGGAGAGAAACCUUUUACUUGCUCUGUUUGUAAAAAAAAGUUUCUCCACAAAGCAACACAUGACCACACACAUGAGAACACACACUGGAGAGAAACCUUUUACUUGCUCUGUUUGUAAGAAGAGUUUCUCCAUUAAGCCUGCCAUGACCAGACACAUGAGAACACACACUGGAGAGAAACCGUUUACUUGCUCUGUUUGUAAGAAGAUUUUCUCCAGAAAGUCUAACAUGUCCUCACACAUGAGAACACAUACUGGAGAGAAACUUUUGUCUUGCUCUGUUUGUAAGAAGGGUUUCUCCACAAAGCAACAUAUGAUCACACACAUGAGAACACAUACUGGAGAGAAACCUUUUACUUGCUCUGUUUGUAAGAAGUGUUUCUCCAGAAAGCCUGACAUCUCCACACACAUGAGAACACACACUGGAGAGAAACCUUUUACUUGCUCUGUUUGUAAGAAGAGUUUCUCCACAAAGUCUAACAUGUCCUCACACAUGAGAACACAUAAUGGAGAGAAACCUUUGACUUGCUCUGUUUGUAAGAAGACUUUCUCCACAAAGCCUAACAUGUCCGCACACAUGAGAACACAUACUGGAGAGAAACCUUUUACUUGCCCUGUUUGUAAGAAGCAUUUCUCCACAAAUCUUGUCAUUACCAGACACAUGAGAACACACACUGGAGAGAAACCAUUUAGUUGCACUGUGUGUGAUAAGACGUUCUGGCAUAAGUAUCAGGUCAGUAAACACAAGUGUGUAACAGUCAUGGAAGCUGCAGGGAUUUAAAAACACUUAGUGAUUGUGCUAAAUGUACUUUAAAAACACAGCAUGUUUAAUAUGAAUGUAUAUUUGAUGUUGUAUGUAGUGCCUCUCAUCUUCUACCGUUAAAUAUAAAGGCCUACUGAAAGCCACUACUACCGA